UUCAAGCAUUUUUCUGGAAGCACCAGCUUAAACGAUAGAUCAUAGAACGCAACGGCGUUAACAUUGUGGAAUGUGGAUUCCGGUCCGCACUGUUGAAGGUGAAUCGCAGCAUGCACCUGCAUGCCGCUAACCGCUUCCCAAACAGUCCGGAAAUGUUCGCUUGGCGGCUGACGCGACGUGUAUUCUGCAUUCUAGCGAUCGGGGUGUUCCUGCAGUAUCUUCUGCUCUACAUCUUCUGGGCAUACUUUGGCCAGUGCGCGGAUAAUCCCGCACGUGCUGGUGACUUCACCCAUGUGCGACGAACGCGUGCAGCCUUUACAUGUGUUUUCCGCGAUUUCGACGCACAGCAUAAUGAUCUGGCCGCGCUGGUCGCCGCCCUGGAUAAACACUCGGAUAUACAGCGGAUUAUCACGGUCUCCGAAGGGCAGCUCUACCCUCCCGUGAAAAUCGCAUCGAAGAAGCAUUUCUUCUUGGAAUUAGAGCCCAGUGCAUCGCCGGUUAAGGCGCGUAUGGAAAUAUCGCAUUUAUUUACAACAGAAUGGGUUUUAUUGCUCCCGACAUUUUUGGCUUUCGAGAUAGAUGCUUUGAAUUUCCGUGCUUUUUUGCGUGAGGCGGAAUUGGUGGCCGCCGACAUCAGAGUGUUCGCCAUCAAAAUCAAAGGCAACCGUUUGUCGUGUCACACAGUGCGAUACGACCAUCCCACGUGGUCACUGCACAUGAACAGCACUUCCGGUCCGGUGUGCGACGGUGUGACGGGAUCGGCUGUGUACAUGCUGAAGACGGACGAUUUCCUUAGUUUAGUGCAGCCGUUCGCUCAGCCGGUGGACGAAAGUUUGCUCAUACAAGCCUCCAUUAAAGGAUGGACCACCCAAAUUCUGUCGGCAGAGACGCCGUUCUCCAAGAGCUCACAACUUCUGGAACCUACGAUUCUGGGUCGAAUGCACGAAUCGCGUGAACCCCAGCGUCAGAAACUGUACGCACGCCUGGAUGUGAAAAGGACUGUCGUUAACGGUCACGAAGAGCUGUUCGGCUGCACAAAAGCUACGAAAAGGUGUUUUGGGGAUGUAAUCAACGAAAUGCCCAGCUAUAUCUAUGAAAAACGCUUCACCCCACCCUGCUGUGCGCGGGCGUUGAAGAAAACACUGGAGCACGUGAUCGACGUAUUAAAUCUGAAUGGUGUCCGCUACUGGCUGGAAGGUGGCAGUUUGCUGGGAGCGGCACGCAAUGGCCAGCUGAUCCCCUGGGAUUAUGAUGUGGAUUUGGGAAUCUAUCUCAACGACACACAGUUGGUGCAGUAUCUUCGCGCCUCGAGGUCUGUUCCCGUUGUUGAUCCAGAGGGAUUUGUCUGGGAGUUGGCACAGCCGCACGAAGGCACCUUUUUUCGUGUGCAGUACAGUCAGACCAAUCGGAUGCACGUGGACAUCUUUCCUUUCCAGCCCAACAACAGUAUUAUGACUAAAGAUUAUUGGUUUGCUUCCCAUCCCCAGGACCGAGAGUUCCCCGAACAUUUCCUGCUGCCCAUGGAAAACAUUACUUUUAUGGGCUUGAUCGUGCCAGCGCCGAACAAGGUGCGGGAGUUUUUGGAGCUCAAGUUCGGAGCCGGCGCCAUUGAACAUCCCAGAUAUCCGCACCCGUACGAUGAUCAACUGUGAUAUCCUUAUUGUUAUUUUUGUGUCGCGUUGGAUCGCAGACGUUGUUGACGUAUUUAUGUUUUCACAAUUAGUUCUCAGAUUUUAACUUUGUGUGAUUUUUGUGUCUCAAAUGGCUUCGCGUAAUAGUAUUUAGUAGUGCGGACCGUACAGUUUAUUUUGUCUAUUUAUUUGUGCACUCUGAUAGUGGUUUUAAAAGCCCCGAAAGUAUUUAUUUGACCUUGCUUGCAUUUUUUCAACUACUGCAUUAUCAUUCGCUUGUUGAAAUUGCCAGGGCGAGCUUUUGGAUCCCAUAAUGGAUAAAACGUGCUUCCGCCGA